AUGGUCUGCUCAGCUGCCCCUGUGCUACUCCUGGCCAUGACUCUCCCUCUGGUGGGGUCACCACUUACCUGAGCAUCCCAGCCUGGACAGAGUCUGGCUGGAGGGGAAUCAGGGCAGCAAUUGGACCAAGAAAGUGGAGCAGAUGAAUCGGUCCUGGUCUCCGUCUAUGUACAGCUAGACUUUUCAAAUGAGCACAGGCCAGCAGCACUCUCCAGGCCCCUGAGUCUCCCCACUGCUUCGGCUUCCUCUGCCCCAGUAACUCUCACGGGCCUCAGCCUCACAACAGAGUGUAAUGUCACCCACAAUGGGUAUAGCUACUGUGCUUGCCUCUCUGGGUACCAAUGGAAUGCCAGUGUCUGCUCCCAUCACCCUCCCUGCCAAGCCCCCCUCGAGCACGGGCCUUGCAGCUGUCUUGUCUUCGGCCCAACUGAAGCCGGGCACUGCCAGCUGCUGCCACCUGGUGAGGAGGAGCUUAGCUGCCUCAAGGGCCACAAGUUCCUGCUCUGGGGGUCCUGUCUCCUGUCUCCUGCAGCCCCCACAACCCUAAGCCUCAACUCCUGGCUGCAGAUGCCUGGCGACACCCUGAACCUGACCCUCCUCACAAGCCAGGAGAUCACCAACCUGAACUGGUUCCUGCGGCCCACAGGGAGCCCAAGCCCUGUCCUCCUGUGGGCAGGGACACGUGUGUCCUUGAUCCAGGCUGUCCUCAGCAUCAUCAACGUCUCCAGUAGAUGGGCAGGUGAGUACAUAUGCUGCUUUGAGGCCCAAGGGUUCAGGUGGGAGCUGCGCCAGGUUGUGAGGGUGCCCCUGCAGGCGACAGACGUGGCUGGGCUCCCACACCAGCUCUCCAUCUCCUGUGCCACCUCCCCUGGCUUCCAACUGAGCUGCUGCAUCCCCAGAGCACACCUGGGCUACACGGCUUCCUGGAGCCCCAGCGAGGGCAGCGAAGCCUCCCUAUUCCACACGCCAGACUCCCAGUGCUUUGUGCUGGCUGUUCAGAGCUGCCCUGCAGCCGACACUACGUACGCUUGUGACCUGCAGAGCCCAGGACUGAGCCCUCUCAGGGUCGCCGUCUCUGUCACCGUCAUCCAGGAUGGAGACACCACCUGCCCUGAGGACUCUUCGACUGUUGCCUGGAACGUCACCAAGGCUGGCCACGUGGCACAGGCCCCGUGUCCCAGGAACAGGUCCGGCACAAUGAAGAGGCCUUGCAGGCCUGAUGGGGUCUGGGGGUGCACCCACAGCAGCUGCACAGACACGGGGCUCCUGGCCUUGCUUCGUCGGACCCGGCUGCUGCGGGCAGGCCAGGGCCGGCCUGCAGAGGAGGUGCCACAGAUCCUGGCUCAGCUCCCAGAGCAGGUAGUAGUGGUGACUUCACCCUCUGACUUGUUGGCACUGGUGGGCGCCAUGACAGUCCUGGCCAAGGUGGUGGCAGAUGCCAGAAUACAGCUCAACUGCAGUGCCCUGGAGGCUCUCCUGAAGACCACAGACAAGGUCCUGGACAUGGACUCCAGCUCUCUGUGGACCCCAGCCCGGGCCCAGAAGGCCUCAGUGGGCUCCAAUCUCCUGCUGGCUGUGGAGACCCUGGCACGCAGCCUGCACCCACAGGAUCAGCCCUUCUCCCGCGUGCUGCCCAAUGUGCGGCUGCAGAGCCAGCUCCUCAGGCCCACAUUUCCUGCUGACUACAGAGUCUCCUUCCCUACUCAGCCCCCGCUGCAGGCACAGAUUCCCAGGCACUCCCUGGCCCCACUGGGCCAUAAUGGAACGGACGUCAGUGUUACUAGCCUGCAAAAACUGGACCACCUUCUGCCCUCAAACUAUGGACAAGGGCUGGGGGACUCCCUCUACGCCACUCCUGGGCUAGUCCUCGCCAUCUCCAUCAUGGCAGGUGGCCAGGUCUUCAACCAGGGAGAGGUCAUCAUGGACUUUGGGGACACAGACGGCAGUCCCCACUGUGUCUUCUGGGAUCAUGAUCUCUUCCAGGGCGAGGGGGGCUGGUCUGAUGCAGGGUGCCAGGUGCAGGCAGCCGGGGCCAGCCCCACCACUCAGUGUAUCUGCCGGCACCUCACUGCCUUCUCCAUCCUCAUGUCUGGACACACAGUUCCAAAAAACCCCACCCUGGAGCUGCUGAGUCAGGUGGGCUUGGGGGCCUCCAUUCUGGCGCUGCUCGUGUGCCUGGCCGUGUACAGGCUGGUGUGGAGAUUUGUGGUGAGGAACAAAGUUGCCUAUUUACGCCAUGUGGCCCUGCUCAACGUGGUGCUCUGCCUGCUGGCCGCAGACACCUGCUUCCUAGGAGCCCCACUGCUUCCUCCAGGGCCCCGCAGCCCGCUCUGCCUGGCCGCUGCCUUCCUCUGUCAUUUCCUGUACCUGGCCACCUUUUUCUGGAUGCUGGCCCAGGCCCUGAUGCUGGCCCACCAGCUGCUCUUUGUCUUCCAUCGGCUGUCCAAGCACCGAGUACUCUCCCUGAUGGUGUUCGUUGGCUACCUGUGCCCGAUGGGGUUUGCAUGUGUUGCCCUGGGCCUCUACUUACCCCGAGGGCAAUACCUGGGGGAGGGGGCAUGCUGGUUGGACAAAAAGGGAGGAGCACUCUACACCUUCGUGGGGCCAGUGCUGGCCAUCGUGGGCGUGAACGGGCUGGUACUCACCAUGGCUGUGCUGAAGCUGCUGAGACCUUCGCUGUCGGAGGGACCCCAGGUGGAGAAGCGCCAAGCCCUCCUGGGGGUGAUCAAAGCUCUGCUCGUUCUCACGCCCAUCUUUGGCCUCACCUGGGGACUGGGGCUGGCCACUCUGCUAGAGGAAGUCUCCAUAGUCCCUCACUACCUCUUCACGGUUCUAAACGCCUCCCAGGGUGUCUUCAUCUUAUUGUUUGGUUGCCUCAUGGACAGGAAGGUCCAAGAGGCUUUACGCAAACACUUCUGCCGCAGCCAAGCCCCCAGCUCCACCAUCUCCCUGGCCCCAAAUGAAACCUACAUCCCGGAACACAGCAAAGGAGGAAGUAAAGACACCAGGUGA